AUGACAUAUUCAAAUUCGACAAUACCAACGCCGUGUUUGGAUCUUGCUAUGGAGGGUGAGAGAUUUUGCCGUGAAGGGGAUUGGAACAAAGGCAUAUCUUAUUUUCUUAAAGCACUAGCAAUCGGAACGGAUGAUCUUAGUUGCCUAUCGGUCGUUUAUUGUCAGUUAGGCAAUGCUUAUUUCUACCAACAAGAUUACGCCAGAGCCUUGGAAUAUCAUCGUUGGAACCUUGCUCUAGCUAGAAGAAUGGGUGAUGGUAUUGGUGAAGCAUUCGCAACAGGAAAUCUUGGUAAUACACUUCAAAUGAUGGGCAAAUAUGACGAGGCAAUAAUGUGUUUCACACAUGAAUUAGCAAUUGCUAGACAGUUAAAUGACAAGAGAACAGAAGCUGGAGCUCUAUACAAUCUUGGUAGUGUAUAUCAAGCUAAGGGGAAACAAUGGUUACCGGAUUCUGGUGAAUUUCCGGCUGAUGCAGUUAAAGCACAAAGAAAAGCUGCUGAAUAUUACAAAAUGGGUCUUGAAUUAGUUCGAGCACUUGGUGAUCGACCUGCUGAAGGUCGAGCUCUUGGUAGUCUAGCAAAUGCUUAUUAUUUACUGAGUAACUUCACUGAAGCAAUUGAAUGUUAUAGAGAACGUUUAAAAAUUGCUAAAGAAUUUGGUGAUCUAACUGCUCAACGACGUGCUCAUAGUAAUAUCGGUAAUGCAUUUAUAUUUUUAGCUGAUUUCAAUGCAGCGGUUGAACAUUAUCGAGAAGCAUUACAAUUAUCAGUACGUUUAAAGGACACAUCACUUGAAGCUCAAGCUUGUUUCAGUUUAGGAAAUACAUUUAUUCUGUUAAGGGACCCAAGUACUGCUGUUGUAUUCCUAUUGAGACAUCUCAUUAUUGCUCGUGGUCUAUUCGAUCGUAUAGGUGAAGGUCGAGCACAUUGGUCAUUAGCAAAUGCUUAUACUGCCUUAAAAAGAUAUGAUCUAGCUUUACGUUGCUCUAAACGUCAUCGUCGAAUUGCUCGUCAGCUGGGUGAUACCACAGGCUAUAUGACUGCUCAACUGAUGAUUGGUGAAAUCUGUAACUUAAUGACAAGUACACAAACAGAAUGCUCUACUCUGAUUGGUGUUUCUUGUAAAAAUGAUCAAACGGACUCACAAUCAAACAAUUCAAAUUCAACCAUAAAUUAUUCGUCUGUACAACAGAGUUGUUUACUGGAUAUAAAUAAUUCGAAAUUAAAUGAAAAUAUUCUGUUCUUAAAAAAUAACCAUAAAUUACCAUGUGGUGCAAACAAUAACAAAUGUUGCAUUGAUGGGAAUAACAAUAGUGUCAGUACUAAUACUACUACUAUUUCUAAUCCUACUAAUACUAUUUUAACAAAUAAUAGUUGUACUGAUAUUAAUUUUUCAAAUAAUCCUCCCAUUGAUCUUCAUAUUACUGAUGGAAGUAAUUCUAGUCUAAUAAAUGGAUUAAUUUCACAGUCAUUAUUGGAUUCCUCUAAAACAAUCGAUCCCUCUGCAAACACUGACAUUGUUAGUAGUCGAAUAGAGAUAAAAAGUUCACAAUCAACUGUAACUAGUAAUUUUUCUACUACCACUGUUCCUUCCCCUACAACUGUAACAGCGAAUAUAAUUGAUAGUAAUCAUACUACUGAAAAUCAUUCACAUAAAGUAGUAAUUAACAAUGAUAAUGGCAACGAUGAUGAUAAUAAUCAAGAUGAUCUAGAUUUGGAAUUGGAUAAAGAUUUAGAAAAUGAAUUACUUGAAAAUUAUGAAGGUAUACUUGAAACAGUGGAAUUUGUAACUGUUACAGAAGAUGGACAAACUGUCACUUCACAAAUGGGUUGUUUGGAUGUUCCAACGCCUGUUCUAUCAGAGUCGAAAAAGGAAAACAUGGUUGAAUUUUAUUUAAGUGCUCCAUCAUUUCGUCCAAGUUUAUCACAACAAAUUGAUAUACCUAAUCUUCAAGAUAUUGAAGGCAAUUUAGAAUCAAUUGAAUCCAUGUCUCAGAUGAAUAGAAAUUCUAAUUUAUCAAGUGAAAAUUUAGAUUCUGGAAAUACAUGUAAUACUGUUGGUACUAGUUCGUCAGCAGUUGCAGUCGCUGCCGCAUCUCUAGUUGAAGAAGAACGUUCAGUAGAUCAACAAGAAAUGUUUUUCUCACUUCUACUUGAAUCACAAUCUCGUCGUAUGGAUGAACAACGUUGUUAUUUACGUACUACUGGACAAGGUACACCACCCAUUCAAUCGACUGAAACAAAUAGUAUACAAGAGUCAAACAAUGUUCAGUUGUCAUCUGGAAAUUCUCGUCUUACACCCGACUAUGAUAACUCUUCACUUCGCAAUCAAAUUGGUACAAAUGAAGAAGCUUUCUUUGACUUAAUCGAAGGGGUUCAGGGUGCUAGAAUGAAUGACCAACGAGCCAACUUAUCUGUUUUCCCUGGUCUUCGUUCUGGUCCAGGUCUUCAUUUAUUAGAUAGCAAUAAUAAUACUACUACUCCUGCUAAUAAUAAUAACAACCGUUAUUUCGGUUCAACUAAUUCAGUGUUCAAAUCAACAAGUAGCUGUGCAAGUGAUGGUCUUCCAGAACCUAGACUACGCAAUAACAGCAGUAAUAAUGAUGAUGUCACUGGAUUAUUUGAUCACAAUCCAACCACAACCACUACAUUUCCUGCUACAAGAGCUAGUUGUGGUAGCUGUGAAACAGGAAGAGCGGUAAUAAGAGGAGGAGUGGGAAGUAAUGCUGCUGGUAGUGGUGUUGAUACACGUGGACGUCGCGGUCAUACUGUUUCAUCUACUGGUGAUUUGGACGAUGAGUUUUUAGAAAUGAUAUUUCGAAUUCAAACAUGUACACGAAUCAACGACCAACGAACCAAUCUACCUGAUCCCCUUACUCAAGUUCAAUCACAUACUAAUCCAACUCAUCGUAAUAAUGAUAAUGGUGAUGGUUCCAGGGGAAUUCGUCAACCAAUAAGUACAUCAGAAGCAACAACAAUAACAACGUCUAAUUCACACAGAGAAUUAACUUUAUAUACUUCAUCCGGUGCAUUUAAUAAUUUAACAAAUCGAUGUUCUGUCCCAGCUAUCGUUGAUGAUGAUGAUGGUGAUGCUAACGAUCUAUUUGCAUUAAUUCAGCGUGUUCAAUCGACACGUUUAGAUGAACAACGAUGUCGUCCACCGUUGUAAUAAUAUUGUCAUUAUCUAGAAUCAUGUUUAUCAAACUGUGUAUGUAUGUCUGUAUGCUACUACCGAUGGAACAAUUUUCAUGUUUGUAAACUCCCUAUACCAUUUGAUUUGUAAAAUAAUAGCCACAUGACUAAGUACGAAAUUCUAACAUUCUUCCCUCCAUAAAAAUCAAUUUUCGCGACAGUAGCCUUGUCGAGUGAUCAAUGUGGAGCAAUGAACAACAACAUGUAGGAUAAACAAUUGGGAGUGGAAAAAAAAUUGCCAGAAACGAUUGUGAAUUGUAUUAUAUAUUCUUUUCUUUUACUAAUCAUCACUUCGUCUUCAUCAUCAUCGAGACAUAUUUAUUUCAUAUCUUCACAGUUGAACGAACUUGUAUCUCCUUUGGAUUUUUUAUUCCUGAAUUACUAAUCUUUAAUUGAAAAUCGUGAUUCGUUACAAUUUUUUCCUUUGCUUUAUCUGACGAAGAUAACAUCUAAUUCAUGAUCAAUUAAAGGUUGAUAUGCUUUCUGGUGUUUCCUGCGUCUUGCAAUUGAUUGUUCGCCUCCCCACUCCUUGCCCCCCCCGUUGUCAACAACAUUCCUUUCAGGUGUGUGUUGUCAUCUUGACUUUUUUCUUCGCAUUUCGAUAUCUAAUACAGAGGUUAUCUAUAGGUAGAUACUCUUGAUAAGUUUUGACGGGCUGAGUUCUUUUGUUUUUAGUAUAAACCAGCAGUAAAUAACAUUAAUAUUAAUCAUAAUGUAGCAGUAUAUAUCAGUAAACCAACAUAGAUUAAAUAAGUACAUGUACAACAUGUAUAAAUAUUGCAUUACGUUCCCAUUUCUUCCUAUUGAACCAUGUUUAAUUUGCCCAAACUCACAAAGUACCUCAUAAUCCUAUUUAUUUCUACUUUAUGUGUGUGGUUCAUAAUGUAUUUGUGUGUUCCCAUAGAAACUUUCCAUUAUUAUUUUUACUAUUAUUCAAUAUGUGUGUAAACAAGUGAGUGUAUUGUGCAUGUACUUUGUACUGGUGAGUGUUCGCUUCCUCUCCGUGUCUGUCUGUCUAUCUAUCGGUGUGUGGUUCUUUUUGAUAUUCUUUGUUGUUGCAAUGUAUCUAACUUCUAAUACAGUCAGUGUAGUUUUUUCUUCAUGUCACCACCUUCUCUCUGUCUCUUCUCAUAGCUCUGUUUUCUUUUCUGAAUUGCCAUAUAGCACAUUGUCCUUCUCUGUUUCUCGCGUAUAUUCGUGUUUUAUUCAGAAAAACAUAUUUAGUAACAAAGAAUAGAUGUAUUUUUUAAAUUUUAUUCAAUUGAAAAGAUGUUCUACA